AACACAGACAGAGAGCCAGAAAACAACUGGGGAGAGUUAUUCAGGCUCACAGAGAGCCACUGUGACAGAGAGCUGAAAAAAGAGACACAGAGAUCAAGGUCAACAGAGCAGGCAAGAGAGAAGGCAGAGACACAGACAGAGAGAUAGGAGCAGAAACUGGAAAGUGGAGGGAGGAGCAACAGGAGCUUUGAUCUCUGCUCUCUCCUGGCCCUCCAGGGAUUGGGCCAGAGCUCAGGGGAGGAAGAGAAGACCCUUUCUGUCUGUUUCCCCUUGCCCAGUCCUUCAGCCCCAAGAGCUUCGAAGUCUACCAUGGAAGCAGGAGGUGCUGGACUUUUCGGCCAGGCCCUGGAAGUGUUUGGCCUGAACUCUCUAGGAUAUGUUCCCCCCCGGGAGGAAGCCCCUCCAGGAUCAGCUCCCCUCCCAGCCGGGAAGCCGAAGAGACAUCGGACCAAGUUUACUUCCAAACAACUGGAAAAGCUUGAGGAAGUCUUUGAAAGAAACCAGUACCCUGAUGUCUGGUUUCGGGAAGCUCUGGCCCGAGACCUAGGGCUCGAUGAGAUCCGUGUUCAGAUAUGGUUCCAGAACCGCCGGGCCAAGCAGAGGAAGCAGAAGUGUUCACUGCUCCCGGACCUGAACCUGUUGCCUUUUGACAACCUGACCAGCUUCCUUCCUGAACCCCAAAUAGCCCGACCCAAUUUCUUCCCAAAUUCUGAGCUCAGAGAUCCUCACUUUCUGCAUCUCCAUAACCCCAACCUGUUUUCUAAGGAGAGUCUCUUCCCAGACCCAUGGCCACAGCCACUCCAAUUCCCACCCCCACCCCCACUCCAAUUCCCACUGCCACAGCCAUUCCAAUUCCCACCCCCACCCCCAGUCUAUGCCCCAGCCCCAAACAACCUGGAGACCUGGAUUCCCUGUCAGCACUCCCUGUCCUGGAUUCCUGAGAAGCACUGAAGAGGAUAAGAACGUGGAGCUCGACAAGGCCCUGAAUAUGUGUUUGUGUGUGUAUGUGAUGAUGGUGGUAGGGAUAGCGGUGGGGGGAAAAGGAGAGAGUCAGAGAGAUAUUCAGCUGUGGAAAUAAAAGCCUUACGAGGAA